AUGAACUCCCUCAAGGUCCCCGACGGCGGAUUGCUGUUGGCGGGCUCCUCCGAUCAAGACCUUGGUGUGCCACCACAGGCUUUUGUCGUCAGCUUGUCUGACGAUGUCGUGGAGCAGAUGAUCCGGAGUGCUCGCAUGGGGGAUGAUCUCGAGUUGGAGUUGGGGAAACGACCCAUGCUACAUUAUGGACCCAACACCCACCGACUACCCACCCCAGAAGAGGAAGUGCCUUUCGACCUCUAUCUGACGAAACCUUUCGAGUCCACUCGUCGAGCUGAGCGAAUACCACAAGCAGGCUCUGUCUUUCGGAAACCCAAGUCCCCCCGCCUUCCCGGAAAGAAGACUGUACCGAGCACCAAGGAAGCCGACUCGAGUAAGAGUAAGAAAGCCUCCUCGAGCAAGAGCUCGUCAUCCGGGCUUGAUUCGGAUAUUGAAGCGCUACAAAAUGGACUGGCUGCCCAUGACGCGGCUCGUGAUCGGGCUCGUGUUGUCGAGAAGCUUCCCACAGGCAAAGGUGCCGCCAAGACCAAGGCCAAGCUCUUGUCAAGCUAUGCCUCAUCACCGAAAUCCAUAACUACGUCGCCGGCUCUUAAUGCCACCCGCUCACCGAACCUCGGUCCACAAGUCUCAGCCUCCCAGCAAGUCAUGGAACGGAAAAGGGAACAAAGAUUCACAUUGGUUCACGAAUUGGCAGUGAUGGAUCGAACGACCGAGUACCUGAAGAAAAAGUGGACAGGGAAGGAAGAAGACUUUCGGCCAACCUUGGAAAAGACGGCAGAUUUGAACGGGGAUACCAAAAAAUGGACCAUGAAGAAGUCCUGCUGGAAGGAACUGGAUGUUUGGAAAUACGACUAUGGUUCACAGGCCGACCGCCAAACCGCUAUUGACAAUGCUAUACGAAAAUACGACAAUCAACGGUUAUCAUCGUCAGAAGUGGAGUGGCAAAGAUUAUUGCCCAAAGAGGAGCGAGGGAAAGGGAAAUGCCUAAGUCGCCUCCAAGCUAACUUGGCAAAGGGUCCUGCUCAACCGGCCCCCAAAAUCAAGGUGCAAAAGGCAGAAGACAGUUCCGGGUCCAAAGACGACACGGAUAGUGUUGAGAACGAGAAGCCCAAGUACGGGGCUGAGGCCAUGUCCAGAUCCAAUUCUGGUUCUUUGCCAGCUAAACCCAAGAAGCCUUCGGCUCAAGAGGCCCAAGCCAAGAGGUUACUGAGCAAUACAAAGCCAAAAACGACUGCCCCGAAGACGUCUCCAUCCAAGCCCAAGCCGGCGGGCAAGACGGAAAAGCGUGUGCUCUCUGCUGCCAUUAUUGAGAACUCGGACUCAUCGGGGGAUGAGGUGCCAAUGAUGAAGUCCAAACCUGCCCCAGCCAAAGCCAAGGAUACAGUCAUUGUGAAUACUCGGCCAUCGGCACCAGCGAGAGAGCCUGUCAAGAAGCCACCCGUGAAGAGGCCCAGGGAAGAAUCCGACUCAAGUUCCAGUUCUGGCACGCCGUUAUCGAAGCGCAUUAAGCCCAAGCAACCACUGCCGGCUCCUAGCUCGAGGUCACAUGCGACAAAGAACAGCCAGCAAACGCAAUCGCGUGCUGCAUCGUCCUCGUUCCGAAGCAAGAGCACGAACAAUACGUCUCCAACAAAGUCGUCGCCACUGGCUUCAUCUCCGCCUACAAACGCAUCAGAUUUGGAUGAAGACACUCCACCUAUUCCAAAGAAGCGAAAGAUGGACAAAGAGGAUCAGCCGCUGUCGGUGAAGCGCCGUGCCGUUCAGAGUGUGCCUUCUGAUGUCAUGAGCAAGGCACACAAGUUCAAAAUGUACUACCAACAGUACGAGGCACUGCACUACGAGAUUUCUGACUUGGAUAAUCCACCGCACGAAAAGCUUGCCGACUUGCUAGAUAUGCGAGACCGACUACAGAGUAUGAAGCGGGAGAUCUACAAGCAAUACUCUCCGGACAGAGAGUGA